AACCACUAGUUAAAUCAAUAAAUAACUUUUACUUCUUUUUUUAAUUUUUAAUUAUGUUUUUAGAUUAUGUUUUAUAUUCUAAAUUUCUAAUUAAGAAGUUAUAUACUGACAAAAAAAAUUAGGUUUUUCCUUUUCAAUUUUAUAUUUGUGAUUUUUAGAUUUUAAUGAAAAUUUCAUUAUGCCAGAGAACCAAAACUAGUCGAUGUGAUUUGGUGUUAGUUUAUUUUCGUUAUUGAUAAUUUAUUAUAAUGAUUUUUUACUUUUUAUUUAUUUUGUAUAAUUUCAUUUAUUAUUCACAUUAAACAUUUAAAUAUUUAUAAAUUUUAUGUCUUGAUUUUUUUAGAUGUCAUAACUAUUAUCUUGUUAGAAAAAAUUAUAAAUAGUCUAAAUUAUUUUUUGAUAUUUUUUAUAUCAAAUGAAAAUAAAAAUAUAGAAAUUAAAGUUAUGUAUUUUCUAAAUGUUAUUAAACAUAAAAAUAUACAUAUCCAAACUAUUAUUUUAUGUUUAUAAAAAUAUUUAGAAAAUAUUAAACUUUAGUUUCUAUAUUUUUAUUUACAUAGCUGAUAUAUUAUUAUAUAAUAAAAUUAAUUAAUUUAUUAACCCACGGUUCGUCCGCGGUCGACCCAGUGACCCAUCGACUCGGUAAGUCGUCCGGUUCAGUGUCCGGGUCGAGUUUAAAAACAUUGCAUCCAACCAAUCAAUAAUCUCAUAUAAAUUGCCUAACUACCGAAUAACGAUUCUUUGAACAUCGAUCACAAGAUUUUAGUCCGGAGCAUGUAAUUUUCUCAUAUCUAAAAUCAGAUCGCUUAAUGUUAACUUCGCACAAACAUGAUAUAUUCAGAUGUACAUGCAACCUACUAACUAGGUAACUAGUUACUCAUGAAUUUAUAUUUUUUUUAUUCAAGAAAAAAAAAAGAAAACAAGAAUUAGGAAAGAGGUUGGUAGCUAUCUAUUCCAACAACAGGUCUAUUGCACUAUUGAAAAGUUGGUGGUCGAUGUUUCCGUCUUCGAUGUUAGAUUGCGACACGCUCUGUUUCGCACAUGCUUUUGCCUUUGUCUGAGUCACUCUGAACUACCAAAAACUUAAUAGACACUUGCUUUGUCAAUGAGUAUUGACUUUUAUAUCAAUGUGUAUAUUGAGUAUCAGAAAAUAUUAGGUUUACAAAAUUUAUUCCAUGAAUUUGACUUCUUCUUUUUUAAUUAUUUCUUAGGACUACAUGCAAAAAUUAAUCCAGUUGGCAGUCAGUAGCUAAAACUAAAAAACACAAUGUACAUCAUAUUCUCAAAAAGAAAAUUAUAUGACAUGGAACUGUUGAGCUUUAGUAAAGAAGAUCAAGAAAGAAUAAUAACACUUAGACAUGGAGAGGAAUGAACUAUGUAUAGAGGAUAAGAUCAUGAGCCACUCGUGCAGGACCAGAGUAGCCGUUUGAUUCAACUCAUAAAGACAAAAGCAACCUGCAUUUUGUCGGCUAUUGAACAAGAAGAUAAGGACAAAUUCAUUAAUGAAGUCGUACGUGGAAGAGCAUUUGUAGUAGCACCCAAAGGGAGUCUAGGUCAUGGUGGUUACUAUAUAUAUACGAUAAGAGUGUAUGGAGAACACAUUACAAAGCAUAAACUUGUAUUUUGUUCUUCGGGUUGAGUUAGAGAUAUAAAACGAGAGAAGCAUUGUAAGAGGUUAUGGGCCGGGGCUUUGGGCAUUCACUCUCUUAUAACGUCUAAUCUAGUGGAUUCCGAGAGAGAGAGAUCCCAGCCAUACAUAGAACCUUCGUUGACAGGUGUGAACCUGAGAAACUUAGUAAAUGUGUGUGUGCUCUUGCCAUUUCUUUGUUCAGUUCUCGCUCUGUUUUCGGGCUUGAAGUUGAAUCCUCUGCUCUACUUCUCUGCAUCGUGUUCUUGGUGUUUGAUAGGAACAUCUCUAAGUAUUAAAGGAGACGUCAUGAGGUUGAAGUUUCUUCACAGGAACUUUCAAAAUAACUUGUAGCGAGAUUUCACAAACCUAAGCAUAUGUCAUGCAAAACUCCGGCAUAUCACUAUCACUGAUGCGAGUGAGUUGUUUUGACACCCAUAGGCAGUAUACCCAAAAAAUAAUAAUAGGAAAGACAAGCAAAACAUUAAGAAAAAAAAAUCAAGGCUGAUGCUGAGGAAGACUAGCAAAACCAGUGGCAGUGGCGGAGGAAUAAGAGCGGCAUUCAAUCUAAAUUCGUCAAUUCCAUGAGGAAAAUCAGCAGGAGGGUCUUGAAAGCAACUAAUCGGGACACCAGAGACAAGAUCAUCAUAUUCUACAUUUCCCAUAAUUUUCUUUGGCCCCUUUAACUUGGUCUCAUGAAAGCGCGAUCAUUCUAGGCCCUAAGAGCACCAGCAUUAAUAAACCCCCGGUUGGGGUUCAUAAUUUGAAUUUUUUUUUUUUUUUCAUUUUUCGUUUGUUAUUUUUUUAUUUUUUUUUAAAAAAAAAUUGACCAAUAGCAGGCCGCCACGUGGCGCGGGGUCCGCUGAACAGUAACGACCCAGGUUCAUACAGAAGGGGCAUGGCGAGACAGAAUCAUCACUAUAACAUAUUAUAAUAUUUUUUUUUCUCGAAAAGCGUGUGAACCCCCCUAAUGAACUUCCAAUGCUGGUGCUCUAAGAACUUCAACCUUGUGUUUUAUCUCGACAACAUCUUUCUUGAAACAUCAUACUUCGUAUUUUCAACAUUAGCCUACUGAUAAUAUGAUCGUCAGACUGAGCUGGCAACUCUUUAGGAACUGAUCAUUGUAAUCAUUUUAAGCACCUUUUCAUCCUAGCAAAAUUAAUGUCCGUCCAACGACGAUGACCUUGCCAUUUCCUAAUUUGUAACAUGUCCACGUCCUUUAACCCCAUUUCUUUUUUUUCUCUUGUGCAAAAUCACCAGAGCCGUGCGAGCACUAACAGCUUCCCUAAGCGAUACUAUUUUUUUUUAUGAAUCUACAAUAAUAAAAGCUAUUCUAGUUUAGUAUAACACAGAUCCAAGAACAAAUCAUUUACCCAUUUUAAGGGGAAAAACUAUUGUUUCCAUAUUUUGUUUGGUUUCUUAAAGAAACCAUGCAUGUUUUCAUUCUAAUAUCUGUUUUUAGCUUUUUGAUUAUCCAUAAACUACUAACGAUAACGAUGCUAUGUUUAUAAAGUUGUUUUAUAUGAGAUCUAAUUAAGAGAAUAAAUCAUAAGAAAUGCUUAAAACUUUUUAAAAAUAGAUGCCCUUAAACCAAGUUUUUUUUGACAUCUAAUAAAAAGAAUAAAUCAUAAUAAAUGCUUAAAACUUUUAAAAAAUAGAACCAAGCUACAAAAGAAAAAAAUUAGAUGCUCUAGGCCAAUGUUUAUUUUUUCGUCAUGUAAGCACGGCUCUGAAAACCACGAUGAUCACCUCCGAAAACUAAUUUGUGACAUGUCCACGUAUUUUUCUGAUAAGGAAAUAUUUUUUAAAGACGGUCUGAAAUCUUGAAAUGUUUGGAUAAAGAUCGAUGAGCAUUUUGGGCUGGAUUUAUGUGGAUCGGGCUUUUAUACCGUAUCAAAUUCGGUAGGCUUCAAACCUAAAACAAAUCAAUGAUAUUUGGGCUGUAUAUUAUUUAUACAUGAAAAUAAAAAAAGAGACAGCAAAUGAGGGCAGAAUAAUCUCUGAUACUGUCAAAGUUGCAGCCAGCCAGGCAAUCAUGGAACCAACGCCGCCGUCACUUGGGGUUAGAAAACGUAGGAAGAAGACGAUUUCAGAUCUGCUUCCGAUCGAUCUAGUUAUGCAGAUAUUCAAACGGUUACCGGUCAAAACUCUAGCGAGGCUUAUCUGUGUCUCGAAGCUCUGUGCAUCCAUCAUCCGCAGCCGAGAUUUCAUGAAAGUGUUCCUUACCAACCGACAUGGUCGUCUCUUCUUCACCUUCAAGCGUUACAAAGAUAGUAUCCUUUUCACGGCAUCCCUUCAAACCCUAAAUCCAUGUGAAGCCUCCGUAGCUAUGACUCAUCCUGCAUUUGAUGUCGACGCCAAGAAUUGUUCCUAUCUUCAUGGUUUGAUUUGCUAUGCAAGUGCUUGUGCAUCGAGGGUUCUAGUAUACAACUCCAGCACCAGAAAAUUGACCACAUUGCCCAUAUUCCAACCCGGGACUCCUGUCAGAAACCACUUCUUAGGUUAUGAUGGUAUUGCUGGUGUUUACAAAGUGUUGUGUAGGACAGGACCAAAUCCUGUUUUUCAGAUCAUGACCUUAGGAGACGGGAGUUCAUGGAAGACGGUUAACGUUGGUCAGUACUCUCAUUUUCCUCUCAAGAAACAUAUAUGUAUCGAUGGUGUUUUAUAUUAUGAAGCUUGUGCUGACAAGAACUUGAAGGGAACUGCAUUCAUCAUGAGAUUUGAUGUUAGGUCUGAAAGUUUUGAACGUGUCAAAAUGUCCGGCGAUAAUGUCAAAUGUUCAGCAAUGGUAACGUACGAGGGGAAGCUGGCUAUCAUUUCCAAGGUAAUUUCAGCUGAUGGUGGCGUGGUUUUGUGGGUUCUUGAGGAUGCAGUGAAACAUAAAUGGUUGAAGAAGGUUUUUGUUUUGCCUAAUUCGUGGACAAGUUUAGUUCAGGGCCAAAGCACAGCAGCUUAUUGGUUUCAUCGUUUCGUUGACGUCAAUGAUGCGGGUGAAUUUGUUUUGGCACCGUCAAGUGUGCGUAUUCGACACUAUGUUCUAUUUUAUGAUCCAAAAAGAAAUAGUAUGAGAAAAGUCGCGGUAAAUGGAAUCAAAGUGCCUAUACGUUACGACAGCAACAGACGAUUUAAUCGUCCCGAUUCUUGUAGUCUGCUCCAUCUCUUCUCCAGUCAGGUUGAGAGUCCCAUGUUUCUGUAAGAAUCGUAAGAUGAUGGUCUGUUGCAACCUUCAAACUAUGUUGAAAUGUGACCUAGCCGGUCUUUUGUUUAUUGGGAAGUCUCAUGUUUGUGUUAUAUUUGGUUACAUUUUCACCAUAUCGACAGUUUGUUUAUGUUAUAUUGGAAUAUUGGUUACAUUUCC